GAGAGAGUGCGGGACACACGGGCCUCUGCAGCCGAGAGAGUGCGGGACACACGGGCCUCUGCAGCCGAGAGAGUGCGGGACACACGGGCCUCUGCAGCCGAGAGAGUGCGGGACACACGGGCCUCUGCAGCCGAGAGAGUGCGGGACACACGGGCCUCUGCAGCCGAGAGAGUGCGGGACACACGGGCCUCUGCAGCCGAGAGAGUGCGGGACACACGGGCCUCUGCAGCCGAGAGAGUGCGGGACACACGGGCCUCUGCAGCCGAGAGAGUGCGGGACACACGGGCCUCUGCAGCCGAGAGAGUGCGGGACACACGGGCCUCUGCAGCCGAGAGAGUGCGGGACACACGGGCCUCUGCAGCCGAGAGAGUGCGGGAC